AUGGGUUUUUCUACGACGGUCGUGUGUCCUUGUCCCAACGGUGCUGGCUUCGGAAACCAAACGAGGACGAGUGUGAUCAAAGGAUUUGGGGGUCGAGUUCGGAUCGAUUUUAAGGGAGGGUCUUGGGGACGUUUUCCUCUCAUUAACAGAGAGAUACCUGCUGCUAGCAAGGUUUCAUGUGGAGCUGAGGGAGAUGAUUUCUUCCACUUCUCUGAAUCAUCUCAGCUCGUCGAUGGCCGACUGCUUGCGCAGGAAAUCCAAAGCAAUGUUGCUGGGAGUGUUGGGUUGUUCAAAGCGGCAACAGGAGGAAAAGUCCCUGGCCUUGGCAUUGUGUUGGUGGGCCAAAAGGGUGAAAACACACGCUUUGUCAAGACCAUCAUCAAGGCAUGUGAGGAAACUGGCAUGGAUUGGGUCCUGGAACAGUUGCCGCAGGACUGUUCUCAAGAAGCAAUAAUGAUUUCAGUUGAGAAGUUAAACAGAAACUCUGCACUUCAAGGUAUUCAUUUGGAGAAUGUAAACUCAAGUGCCAUUCUGAAAAUUAAACUGGAGAAAGACAUCAGUGGAGUUCAUCCUCAGAGCCUCAAUGCUCUCAGUGGCUAUGGAUCAGAUCCUCCUCUGUUCAUGCCACCUUCCCCAAGAGGUUGCAUCCAGAGGCUUCUCCAGUCUGGUGUGAACCCUGAGGGUAAGCACACUGCUGUCAUUGGAGACAGCAUUCCUGUUUACCAAACAGGGAUGAUCCUUAGGAGGAACAUGGCUGCCUCCAGCUUUGUGAUAGGACGACGUCCCACAAACCAGUCAAGGAAGUUCUUAAUUAACUCUGAUGUGAUAGUAUAUGAUGCAGCAGGAGUGAACUUUGGUAUCCCCAAAAGUUGGGUCAACCCUGAAGCUGUGUUAAUAGAGGUUGGGGUUUGUGCUGAGUUGACUGUGUCCAUAAUGAUGAGCAAUCUUAUGGAUGCCGCCAUUAUGACAAUUUUUGUUCUGAUUCACACGGUGCCAAUGCUUUAUGAGAAGUAUGAAGAUGAGAUUGAUCCAAUUGCAGAGAAGGCUGUGAUCGAGAUGAAGAAGCAAUACCAAAUUUUUGAGGCCAAGUUUUCAAGUAAGAUCCAUCAUUAA